CCGGAAGUUUGGGAAAUUUACGGAAUGGAUCGACACGGGUCGCGUUGUCCUGGUGCUUUGUGCCGUGCCGUGUUGGAAUUACAAGCGCAUUCAUGAGUGGGCCGGCUGGUGACCGUCACUGCUGUAAAAGUUCACGUGCCGCCUGCCAUCCGCUGCGGGUUGCCUGAGGCCGGCCCAUGAGGGAUCAGGAAGGCCGGCAGCGUCCUAGGCUCGGUAUCGGCACAGCCCGCACCACCAGGCCGGCCCUGUUCGCACGCCACGCUCAGGUAAUCCGACAGUCGACCAAAAGAAAAUGGCGUCGGACAGCGUCUCGGCGCAGACCCGGUCACGAAUCUCGGGCCUCGACUCGGCCAGUGAGUGUGAGAGCCGUAUCCGGCGGGAGCUCAUCUCCGUGUCGGAUCUCUGUGGCGGCGUGGAUGAGAUCCAGGACCUCCUCGACGAGAUCACGCUCUUCGGGGAGACGGGUGAAUGUAUGGAGAUGCAGCGGACGGGCAGCCGUAUGACGCAGGACACGUGGGACUCACACCAGCUGCAGCAGCCGGCGGCAGCUGCCGUCGAUCCGCGCACGCUGGGCAUCGUCUGCAGCUGGCGGCCCGAGCUGCUGCUGUCGCCGCUCGGACUCGGCGAGCUGCUGCUCAUCGCGCUGUGCGUUUGCUGUCUAGUCAGUAUCGGCGUCAGCGGCGACCCUGCUCGCGGCUCGCCGCUCCUGCUGCCCCACGCCGGUCACACGCGGCUGGCCAUCUUCAGCUGCGUGUUCUGCGCCCUGUGGACGAUGCUGAUGCUGUUCGUACACAUCACGCGGAUCCAGUACUGUCUGCUCAUCAACUGGUCACUACUGCACACCUGGCUGUUCGGCCUGUUGUCGGCGGUACACGGCACGGCCGCCGUAUUGCUGUUCCACCAGGUGUACCAGUACACGUACCAGUACCCGCACCUCUCGGCCUGGACACGUAGCUGGACUACCGCUGCCGCCGUGCUCUGUCUGCUCGCCGGCUGCUGCGCGCUGUUCAUCGCGCUCCUGCCGCGCUGUGCGCCCUCCUCCCAGUACAGCCUGAUGCGGGACCACUCAACACGCACAACUCUCCUAUCUGGCACCAACGCCGAGGACUGGGAGUACCGGCACCCCGAGCCGGAGCCGGCUGACGCGCUGCAGAACGACGCGGCCGACUCGCAGCACUACCUGGUCAACAACCCGUACAUCCAGUGGCACGUGGAGAACGGCACGUUCUACCUGUUGCCGGACGAGCUGCGGCAACAGCUGCGCCGUGACAGUGAGCUGCUGGGCGCCGCCGGCGGCGGUGGCGAGGGCUCUGUGCUGGGGACGUGACGGCGCGGAGGGCGGACGGCGGCCGACGGAGCCUCAUCAGAGGAGCUGGUCCCGCUGGUCAUCGUCGGAACGGGGACGGAGUGAGGGUUCCUCGGCCUCUCUGAUACUCGCCCGACCAGAGGGAGUAAAUUGUGGUCGGUCUCCGUCCGCCCGCAGAGUGAACGAGGCAAUCCCAUAGGAGUUUUAGCCAGGGAUAGAACGUGUGUCGUUCAAUUAGUAAGAGGCUCCCUCUGCACAACGCCCGCCGGCGCCCCCUGCUGGUGGAACCACAGACUGCACCGUCGAGCUGAUCCGAUCAGUUGAACUGAGAAUGACCUGACCUGAUCUGGUGUAGUGUGACCUGAUCCGACCUGUUUUGGUGGGUCGGACUUGCCGUGGCUGCCGCGGGUGAUGGAUCUGAAGAUUUACUCUGCGGUGUUGUGAUCGCUACCCCGCUUCGCUCCGCCCGAAGAGCGGUGCCUACCUCAGAGACAAACUGCGUAGAGGUCACACGUCAUUGUGAGCUCGUGUUCCGGACUGCUCAGCUAUCUAACUGUGCUACGUCCUCUGCUCUUCCUCAGACUUAAUCAGGUUAUAGUCGUACUUCGAACUUAUUUUUUAUUGUUCCUGUGCUGUCAGUGUCUUCUGAUUAUCAGUAGUGUGUGUCAUGUGGGCGUUAGGAGGCUGGCGGCCAGUAUUUUGGUGAUAUAGGGGAGCUUCAGUUCACGCACAUUAGAUUGUACUCGUAGAUUGUUGAUCCUCGUCAUCAUUUCUCAUUUCUGAGUGUUUGAGCUGGGUCUUUUACCCUCUUUACUGAUCGACCUUAUACCAUUCCCCGGUAUUACACGGUCAACUGUCGGCUCUUGUCGGGGUUCUGGCUAGGUAGGCACCUUGCAUUGACACCUAAUCUGACCUUUGAUCUAAUUUGACCUGACCUUUGAUAAGACUGACCUAACCUGGCCUUCAAUUGGUCUAAUGCGACCUUACCUUCAUAAUUUGAGCUGACCGGGAUUCUAAUGUUCUGGCGCAGGUGGAUCCGGUCUCACUCAGUCUUCUGACGCCAGUAAACGGAUCUGACUGUUGAAUCAAAUAGUUCGCUGGUCUAGCACCUGUCCGGUGAUUUGUGUACUCUGUAGGCUUCCACGCGUCGUUACGCACAAUAGUGUCAAUGGAUGUGGCGCGAACGCUGCAUUGUCGAGAAUGCUGCAGCUAGGUGGAGCUGGUUGUCUGCCACAAAUAAGAAGUUUUAUUGUCUGAAACUUUUGACUUGACUUUGCAAACUCAUUGACAUUCAUGCAUUCAUUCGUAUAGUCACUUUUCAAGUUCAUAAAAAUACGGGACUUGUGUACAUUGGAGCCAUUGGAACCCUAUUAAGACCUUCCAGGUUUCGGAACUAGGCUGUGGUGUUUCUGUUAGUGUUGGGAUUUGUUUUAUAUUUUUUACACACAUUCAAGUUACAUCUACAUACAGAUAUAUUGUAUAUACAGAUAUAUUUAAGUGCAGAUACCGGUGAUAUUCGCUUAU